UCAAUUGUGGAUCGCCUGAACACAUGAAGAAAGAUUGUAAUGUUGGAACGAAGUGCUUCAAGUGUGACGCUGUAGGCCAUAUAUCAACAAGUUGCCCGCAGUCAGUAAAAUUGGUGCGAGUGGUUAAAGAUUCCAAACGGCUCAAGAACAUUAUAUUAAAUGGUUUUGAAGUUGCGUGCCUGGUUGACACGGGUGCUGAUGUUACGAUUGUGAAGCAUUCUGUGUACAUGAAGCUAGUUGAUGUUGUGUUAAGUCCAUGUCGUUCUUUGUUGCGUGGACUGGGCAAAACGGGCAUUGUGCCGCUGGGAAUAUUUACGGGAGCUGUUCAAAUAGACGAUAUGGAGACUGUGCAAAAUUUCAUCGUGGUGGCAGAAUAGAAGAUGAUGCUCUACUGGGAUAUGACUUUCUCGCAAAGUUUCAAUUUACACUGGAUGCAAAUGGGUUUAAGUUUUCGUCGUUGUCAGCUUGCCCGGAAAUAGCUGACGUUAAUCAGAUAAGUAUUCAUGAUUAUGAUUGUACUGUAAGUAAUGUGAAUGCUCCUCUCCAGUUUGCACCCAUGAUACGGAAUCUGAUAGAGGAAUAUCGGCCAACCUCGCUACUUGUUGAGUCACCUGUGCAGCUAAGAGUUGUCCCGGAUGACAAAAUUAAACCAUUUCGCCAUCAACCAAGUCGACAUCCUCCAGUUGAAGCUGAAGCCGUUAAAAAGCAAGUUGAUGAUUGGUUGAAAGAAGGAAUCGUUCGACCAUCUACCUCCAGCUUCGCCAGCAGAACCGUCGUAGUGAAGAAAAAAGACGCCACUUA